AUGCUACAGGGAUUUUGUUUUGUCUCAAUGUAUUAGCCAAGCUUUACUUUAAACUUAAAGGUACAAAAAGUAAUAUUGCUAAUAUAUUAUUGCCAAAUAUUAACAUUAGCAUUUCCAAUAGAUGGGUGGGAUUAAUGGAAUUAUAGAGAUGGUGCUUUAAGAAUGAUGAAAAAUUUGUUAAACAUAAUAUUGAUUUUUCCUUUAGUAAUCGAAGUAAAAUCAUAAGCUUUAAUAUAUGUUUUAAUUGUACUUUUCUUUUUAUUCAACUUAUUUAUGUUGUCAGCAAUAUUUUGGAUUGUCAAAUUUAAGAAUAAACUUUCAUUUAUCCUAACUAUUACAUAUUGGUAUUUAGUAUUAGUCCCAAAGUUGUUUUUUAUCCCAUAGUUAUUUGUAUUCAUAGGAUCUAUGUCUUUUGGCAAACGAGCUCUAUUAUAUUCAAAUUUUGAAUUUCAGGUAUUUUUGCCAAUUAAUAUAUUAUCCAUACUUGUUUUAACCUAUAACUGCUUCUUUAGCAUAUAUUUUAUAAGGAAAAUGAGAUUAUUAAAAGAUAAUGGGUUGGUAUAAAAAUUUAGUCAAUUAUGUUUUCUGAGAGAAUUGGUUGUAAUCGCGAUUAUUUAUUUACAUUUUUUAAAUAGAAUACCAAUUGUAAAUGCACUGUAGUUGAUAUUAAUGAAUGGUUUUUUUUUGAUAUUACUUCUAGAUGCAUUACAUUUUAAUACAUAUCAUCCUCAAAUAAAAAGAUUUGCUUUAAUUUUAAUUUCAGGAUGCAUAGGAUUACUUUUGAUUAUAUCAAUAAAUGUGAUUUCGUAAAAUAAAUUAAUACCUGAAGAAUAAUUGAUAAUUAUUCAAUUGAUUGUUGCAACAUUAUUUGUUUUUAUUUCUGUUUUUUAUUAAAAUAGAAAAAUCGUUUAUCAACUCUAAGGUGAUAGUAAUUCCCAUUAUUAAAUAUAAUUUGUAGAAUGGCUUUUUUAUACAUUUAUAGAAUUAAAUUAGAAAAAGAAGAAGUAAUAAAAUCUAUUCUUUUAUUCACUAUUUAUUUAAUAUCAUCAAUAAAAAUGCGCAAGUUGUCUAAAAAAAAUCCUUCAACAUAAAAAGAUUGCCUCUAAAUCAAUAAAAUACUAUGUACUUAAUUGUGUGUUAUAAAAUGCAUUAAAAUUGAGUUUUGGUUCAGAUUAUGAAUUAUUAGAAAUAUACUAUGCUGAUUUUUUGAAUAAAAUUAAAAAAUAACCACUCUCAUCAUAUGUUGAACUUAAAGGGUUUGUUUUAAAACAUCAAAAGAUUUCACACCAUUUUAAAUCAACCAUCAGUUAUCUGUUUGAGGAGUUAGAAGAAAUCAUACUAAAUGAAAAUAAUCUUGUUGAAAAUGAGAGUCAUAAUUAUGAAAAAAACUAUCUUGAUUAAAUAUUGCCUUAAGUAUUGUAACUUAUUGACAAAAAAAUAGAGAUUUGGAGUGAAUAGAUUCGUGGUUUAGACACUAUAUAUGAUUUAGAAAAAUUGAUUUUUGGUUACUCAAAGGAGGUUGUGAUUUGUUAAGAUACAUUGUAAAAGUACUUGUAAAUAGACUUAUUGAAAUUUAAUGAAAUCUAAAAAGUUAAAAGUGUUAUAGAGUUAAGAAUCACAUCAAUAUUUCUGUUGAUUAUUUUAAAUGAUUUUUAUAACUCUCUUAAAUGCGAAUAAUAAAUAUAGGAGAUUUUAUAAAUCGAGAAUUCUCUCCCUAAUGAUGUUAUUAGUAAUAUCGACAUUCUCCAUGAUAAUUUAUGUUUGGUUAUGGUGAGCAUGGUUAAAGAUAGAGGAUUUAUCAAAAAUACUAAAAAACAUCAGAUUGCUAAUUACUUUGGAUUAGAAGUUGAAGAAGUGGAAAGUAUUAAUCAUAUAAAUUUAUUCAUUCCUCAAUAUUUAGUUGAAAUUCAUACCUAAUUUUUAUAAUCUUAUUUAGAAACAGCAUAAACUUCUUUAUUUCAUUAAUAUUAAAUACAUAAUAAAUAAAAUUGGAAAAUAACUUUAGUUUUUUUGAUGAUUAUAUUGUAACUGCAUGUUUAUCAAAAGUUAAGGAAACAUCAGAGUUCAUCUUAUUUGAUGAGAGUGGCAAGAUUCUAUCAGUGA